GGCCAGGAUUACUUCAGAGCAGCAGCAUCACUCUUCUCCAACACACGGAUAACCACGGAGCAGCCCCCGUCAUCCUCGUCGCUGAAUAGUGAGAGAGAAAUAGUGAGCAAUUCCACACAGGCAGCAGAUUUGCUGAACGACGACGGGUUGAGAAAAAGUGAGCCAAGUUUGGGGAAAGUAGAGUGGCAAGGAAAACAAGUCGUACGUACGUACGUAUAGCGGAAUCAUACCCGUGGGUGGUUGGUGCGAUUAUCCACACAGUGCAGCAAGCAGUACCUACGAAGACGCUUAGGUUAGACGCUUGACGGUGGUACAUAUUGGUUGGUGGCACGGUAUAUAUCGUGCGGUGGAUCCUAUCAGUGUUUCGUCGCUCAUACAUUUCUAUGCGAAAGCACCGAGUUGACUUUUCCAGUCGCAUUUAAACUCUUCUCGAAUGGAUUUUAUUGAGAGUGUCACCGUCGUCUAGUCAGUCUCUGCUCUGCUCUCGCGGACGGGAUUUAAGCAGGACUGAGGAAACAUUCAAAGAGAGUUCUCCUCGAUCCGUAUUAUACGACACCCAUACGAACAUUUUUAUUCACAGCCUGUUUGAGUGAGUUUGCUUUCCUCACUCUCAUCUCAUACGGCACUUUACAUACCACUCUCAUCCAGCCAGGCACGAAGAGUUAACUAGAGUGCAAGAGGGAAACCAGUGUAAAAUAAAACAUAAAGCAAAGUCAACGCAAACUUUCUUCUCGCCAGCCCUUUCUCCGCCGCCCGCCUUGGCCUGCCUGCCUCCUCCUCCGCCUCGUCUAGUGAAAAUUUACUUGACUUGUUUCCGAAUGGGACAACUUACAUCAGCUUACACGAGACGGGUCCUGAUUGCGUGUGCUAAUAAAAACCAGAGAAUCCCUCUCGCUGCCCGAGUGGUGCAAGGAAAAUCACCACGUUAGCAUCUCUGCUGUAAAUUUACGUUCACUUUCCCUUCGCACUCUCUCACCCACACAUUCUUGUCGGUCCAGUCCUGGAGCAAAUAAGUGGUCCAGUUCUUGCUAACUAAAUGUACAACACUCGCUGGCACUGGGCUGUGUCUCGCACAUAUUCUGUGUUUCCCCGUGUAGCGAGAAAAUGUGGAUUGAGAAAUUAGAGACUUUUCCUCCUGCUGCAUAUACAUACGUAGGUUCAAAACAUAUGUGAAGCAGUUGUGCGAGUGGGAAAAAACCGUCGCAACAAAUCUGAAUGAAUUGGUCUACUUUUCUCCUCUACGACCCUGAGCCAGAAAGAGUUGGUCCAGACGGUUUUGUGCUAAACUUUUAAAGAAAUACGAAAUGAACACAAUGGAGAGAUUAUUGGGAAGAAUGUGGGUAGCUGCUGCUAAUAGCAUUUGAACUUCUGACAAACGGUUUCUCCCUCACUACACUUUCACCAAGUAUCAGUGUUACGCAGUUAAGAGAGAUUUGGGGACAGAAAAAGAAGGACGGACGAGAUAUAAAGAGAAAGAGAGAGUGAAACAGAGAGCGAGCUAGAGGAUGAAGCUGCCAUUAAACGUAAUGAUAAUGAUAGUCAAACAGAACUGAAAGAGUAUCACUGUGAUUAAUUACAUUGCAUUAGAUUGUGAUUCGGAUCCUGCUCAACUUGAGUCUGCCCAAGUCUCUUCUUGAGAAGUCUGUCUGUACUCCACUUUGUCUUUUGCAGUAGCAUUUAUUUCCUCCUUGUUCUGUGGGAAAUUACAGCUCCCCCACAUUUGUGGCCCAUCCAAAUCUCAUCCUUCGGAGAGGAGAAGACGAGGCCAGUUGAGAUCCAGAAUCUCUCAAGAUCUCCCUCACGCGAAAUCGAUGUCGUUAUACUCCUCACUUUCUCUGCCCUAAUAAUAUUCAUGGCUACACGAUAAUAAGUAGUAGGACGGAUACAGAUCAGUGUGCUCCCACUUCUCUCGUGGCUUUACAAUAGUUCACAAGAUCUGUGAUCUGCAUAACGAAACGGAACACAAAAGAAGGCUCGGAACAAGAAAGCUGCUGUACCUUCAUCGUCGCCCGUUGUCGUCGUCCUCGUCCUCGUCGUGGUGGUGUGAGACACUUUACGGACCUCACGGACUCAUAUAUUUAUAGAAGCAGACUGCUCUCGCAGCAAUUCUCAAGAAAGAUGAGAGCUUCUCCUCAUUAUUAUCCACCAUGGACUUUUCUCAUCUUUGCCAUACCAUCCUAUUGUGGUUAUGAGUCUGACGACCACCAUCAAAAUAAUGGAAAUGGACCAGGCGGACGUGUGGAGCUAACUGGAUUAUACCCGGGACCGUAUUUCGAUAUAGAACGAAAUCAUCAAAACGUUUCCACGCACGUGGGCACUACAGCCUAUUUGCCCUGUUAUGUCAAGCAGCUCGGGAACAAAUCGGUGGCGUGGAUUCGGAAGGUGGAUUCACAUAUUGUCACAGUGGAUCGCUACACAUUCAUCGCAGAUGAACGUUUCCAAGUCAUUGCGGCUCCACCAGGCGACUCUUGGAUCCUACAAAUCAAAUACGUCCAGCCCCGAGAUGAUGGCGUAUACGAGUGUCAGAUAUCGACUGAGCCGAAAUUGUCAUACCCGAUCUAUCUUACGGUUUUGGUCCCUACCAUUAGACUGGAGCCGCAAGAAAGUCCUCAUAUAUGGGAGUCGCCACAGUCAAUUCUGCAAUUAAAAUGCAUUGUACAGGAUUCUCUACCUGAUAAUGUUGGGAAAAUCUUGUGGUAUCAUAAUGGUCAAUUGUUGGAUAAAAACGAUGACAAGAAUUCCAUCACCUUUCAGUCCAAGAUAGAAGACGAGAUGAUUGUUGAAACAGCAACGUUCCGCGGAGUACAACGUUCCCAAAGUGGAAAUUGGACAUGCUACUUAAAUACUGUUGGUUUUGCCAGCGCCACUGUUGUCGUCACAGGUGGGGAGGCAUCGGCUUCUCUCCAGCGUCCAACAUAUGGCGUGUCUAGCUCAUCUUACUCCUUGAUACUUUCUCUUAGCUCAACAACAUACCAAAAGCUGGAAGCUGUUCUUUUAAUAUUCCUGCUCUACCUCGUAGAAUUAUAAUAGUCAAGUUCUCUCGCCCAACUGCACUUUGGGGGGCUUAUAAGGACUCCCACCAGAACCAUCCUGACAUUGCUUAGAAAUAUAGAUCCUCUGACUCGACAAACUUAAAUUUCGUAGGCGAGGUGUCAUGUAAUAAGUUUAAGCAUACUUGUAAUAAUAACAAAUUAAGCGUUAUUCAGGCUAAAUGUUGCAUACUUACAUACAUACCUGCGCCCUAUGCUGUAUAUUGAAUUUAAGUGCAAAGGACCGGCAAGUGAGACCUUACGAGGGACAUGGUCGUCAGUGCUACUCAUAUAAAAAUCAAUGUACAGCUUCAAACUCUUGUUAGUGAUGUCAUAGUAAAUGUUAACUAUAAAUAAGUAUCUUGAGAGUAGUGUUAAUAUAAUAAAUCUGCUAGGUAUGCAUUCUUGACUGACCUACAUAUGUAGUUACUAGUCAAGACCUUCGUACUGCAGGUCAAAUGCGCGUGCACAAUUUGAUUAGGACUAAUGAAAUACUUAAUUAGGCUAUACAAUAGGGAUAUGCACGCUGCUCUUUGAUCGGGUCGUCCUACUUGCUGAUCGUUAAUGUUGGAGGUGAAGGGGAGGGAAUGAUGCGUCAAAUGUACCUUUUAUAGUGAGCAAAUAACCACCCACCCAGACUCAUCUUAAACAAUUGCUCCCAAGCCCUUCCCAUGCAGACUACCAGAACCACAUCCAUCUCGACUGAUUGUUUCCCCGACUUGGAAGAAUGAUAACGUCAAUGUCUACAUAUUUCCCCGACAAAAUCGCAUCCGAUCCUGUCUCGGCGUUUUGGAGCCUGGUGCGUACGUAUGUAUGUGUGUAUGUAUGUACUAGGGAAUGUAAGCUGUAAUCAACAAAAGUACCUGAGAUGAAACGCGCAGCGGAGGAUGAAUUGGAACCCAUAUAAAUGCAGCAGAGGAAGAGAGGAUAUGCAUGUAUUCCCUGAAGGGAAUUCCUCAAGUGCUGACUGACCAGCAGCGGCAAUCGACAAAGAAGAAGAAAAAAGAGAGGCAGAAAUAAGAAUUCGAUACAAACAAUUUGAGACGUUGUUGAGGAACACAAAGGAAAGGGAAUUCCUGAUACAAUUUAAUCCAAAUCAGAAAAACCAGCUCUUAUUGGAUGUUUAUCUAAAUGUCUCCUUUAUUUGGAGCACGAUCACCAUCAAGCUGAAAUCUCAGCAGAAUAAGUUGAACGAGAAAGCAACAUCCCACACAACUGGCUGAACUCAUCGUCGUCAUGAAGUAUCAUCAUCAUCUACUUUCUCCACCCGGCCCGAUGAUAUCCAGACCAAGGACAGCACAAUAGCAGGAUGGACUAUCAGUGUCUGGGCCCAACCACUUCAUAAAUUUGAUAACUUCUCAACAACGUAGCAAAGAGAGAGAGAGAGAGAAGAGAAGCGAGAUAAUCAAAAGAUAACUUUUUAUCCAAUUGGAGCUUCGAUUAUACUUUCUUCGCUUUUUGGACAGGCAAUUUCCAUUUCAAACUAAAUUGAAUUUUAUAUUUGCCUUGAUCACAAGAAAUAAAAAAAAAUUCCUCUUAAUUGAAUUCUGUAAUUAUACGAGAUGAGAAUAAUCUUUACACAAAUUACAAACAAAGUGUUAUGUCUACAAUAUAUUAAACCUUGAAUAAAAAAACAGUAUAUAGAGCAAAA